UUUCCACAACAGUCCAAACGCAAUCCAACAAAAUUAGUUGGUUUCUACAAUAUCAUUACCUUUUCUAGUCACAAAACAGAGUAAACCGUACCAAAAAAAAACUUUUGCGUUGCCAAUGAAAAAAAGAAAAAGCAAAGCCAUUAGGAAAGUGAAUUGAGUGAAAUUGCCGUUUGCAUAAGAAAAGAACCAAUCCAAUGAUCUCCAUGUGCAAAUCAAAGCAUCUCUCUAUACUCUUUAAAGUAAUCCAAAGUCGAGACCACAAAAACUCACGAUUUCACUCAAAAUUAUAUAAAGAAAUAAAACAAUCUCUCAUUUACAGAUGCUUUUCUUCUGGAUCACAAUCAUCACUAAUUGCACUAUACGCUAUGUUUCAGUUUUUCUUCUUUCUUUUUUCUCUAAUUGAUGCCUUUGAAUCUCUUUUUACAUGUAGUCUUGUACAUGACUCAUGUGCUUGUGAUUCUAAAAUAAUGCACCUUUCUUUUUCUUUUUCUUUCAUAGCUUUUAUAUAGUAAUCAGUCUCUUCACAUGUGUGUUUGUUCCCAUUUCUCAAUUUCCAAGUUCUUAAUUAAAAUUGUCCUGAAACAUAGCAAUAUGGGUGUUACAGGAGGAUUAGUAAGAAGCAUUUUCUUCAGAAACAAAUCAUUUGGAGCUCAUGACUACAACAUUGGAAGAAGCAAUCUUGGAGAGAAGAAAAGAUGGAGCUCGGUUAGAUCGUACCUUUGCGGAGAUGAAUUCAACUCUGUUCUCGCUGUGAAUGAUUCAGGAUCGGUCAAGGAUUCUGAUGCUCUGUUUACAAUGUCUCAGCAUCUGAAUUCAGAGUUGGGUGUACCUUUUGGUUCGGUUAUCGCAAUUGAAGAUUCAGCUUCUGUGAAGCGUUUGGAGGACGAUGACUCUGUUUCCGUUAAGAGCUCAGAGGCAACAGUGACUCAACCUAUACAGGAGGAGAAAUCGAAAGUACUGAGUCAUUAUGUCAAAGAAGAAGAUAUUGAUAACCAAAGCGAAGCAACAGAGACACACAUACCCAAGAGGCAUCAGACUACCCCAAUCUCCAAGUUGCUCCUCGAAGAAGACGCUGCAGUCAUAAUUCAGUCAGCAUUCAGGAGUUACCUGGCAAUACGCCGGAGCAAAGAAGAAGAGAAAACAUUUGCUAAGGAGGAGAGCUUCUCAGGAGACGAAUCUCAAGGGAAUGUAUCCAUGGGGACAUCACUAGAAGCUCAGACAGGUAGUUCUGUGAAAGCACCGUUCUUCCGGAGAAAACGAGUAUCUGCAAAUCGAGGAACACUACACAAGAACCAAACUCAAGUUUUGAGGAUGAAGGAAGACUGGGAUGAUAGUACAGUGAGCAGCACCAUAUCAAAAUCGAGGAUUCAAAGCCGAAUCGAAGCAAUGACAAAACGGGAGAGAGCACUUGCUUAUGCAUUUUCACAGCAGCUAAGAAUUUGCUCAAAGAAGAAGCAAAUGGAUCGUAGCAGUGAAGACGAUUCUAACAUCGGUUGGAGUUGGCUAGAACGCUGGAUGGCAACCCGUGUACCAGACAGUAUUCCAAUUGAGCCGAGAACAAACAUUCAAACAGAUGUUGCAACGAAAAAUCAAAGAUUGAUAAGAAAGAAUAGAUCUUUUGGUAUAGCUGGCGAGUUGGAGAGCUGUGCUUCCAACGAUCUACCUCUCCAGUUUGAAAGCAUAUCAGAGACACAAGAAGAUGAAACUAAAGAUUUUCAGACCGAAAAGAGCAGUCUAAGAGCGAGUAUAUCUAAGCGCAAAUCUGUUCCAAGCUACAAAAGCCAGAGAAGGCAUAACAGGCUUCAGGUAACCAAAAGUGAUCUGCAACAACAAACAAAGAAAGCUAAGAAGGCCAAGACCACACCCUCAAGCUGCAAAAGAGGAAACGAAUGCGAAGAAACCUCACAGAAGCUAAGUAGUAGCACCUGAAAUAAUCUUUACCUGUAAAUCUUUGCAUUUAAAUAACCUGUGUUUCACAAAAGUUUGUGCAAUCUGAUAACAACUUUCGGUAAAUUAUUUGGGAAA